GAUGCAUUCUAGUGGCAACGUUAUACAUUUUAAAACGUUCAAGUAACCCAAAAUUGAAUAUGCCUCCACUAGUUCGUUAUAAAGUUCCGAUUAUUGGUCAUACUUAUAGUUAUUUAUUUGAUUGCGAAGAUUUCUUUAAACAAUGUAGAAAGGAGUACGGUGAUAUCUUUAGCAUAUAUAUAUGGGGUCAAGUUAGGACCAUUGUUGGAAAAGAACAUAUACAUGAAGUGUUAACGAGAGAUGAUACAUUUGACUUGGGAAAAGUGUUCAGAAAGAAAAUUCCAGGAGAUGCAGAUUUUGUAAAUGGAUUCGCAGAAAUUAAAGAAAAUUCAAUGAUGGUUAAGGAUCAUAUCACGAAAAAAUUAGAAUUAUAUACCGAACGCAUGCAAAAAAGUCUUCAUAUGGGUAUACAAAGAAAUAUCGGUGAAUGUGAGGAACCGAAAGUUCUUAAUCAUUUGUACUAUCUUUUAACUAAAGUUAUCGCAACCCCUAUUGCAAAUAUUUUUAUUGGCGAAGAAGUAGCAAAGAGUGAUGAGGUUAUAAAAUGUUUUUCAGAACUUACAAGUGAUUUGACAAUAUUUUUUGCAAUACCGCCAUUUCUUGAUUUUAUUUAUCCAGGACUUCAAGAUUAUGUUAAUCAUAUUCCAAUUAGGUUAGGAUUAUAUGAUCCAUCUGCUUUACGACGAGAUAUAUUAUUUAAACAUAUAAAAAAUCAAGUUGAUAAACGAUUACAAGAGAGAAAAAAGUAUCAUGAUUCGUGGAAACGUCCUAAUGAUUUACUUCAGGACUUUAUAGAGGAUAAAAUGUUUGAUACUAAUAACAUUAACUACAAUGCGAUAGCUAAUAAAAUGGCCCUUUUCAUCUUCGUAUCGAUCCAUUCAACAUCGGGUGCUUGUACAAACGCUCUUAUCGAUUUGGCAUGUCGACCUGAAUAUAUGCAAGAACUAUAUGAAGAGCAAUUAGAGGUUCAUAAGGAAGCAGAUAAAAAUGGUAUCCUUCCACUUAAAGCACUUGAUAAAAUGAAAAAAUUGGAUAGCUUUGUUAAAGAAUCAUUAAGGCUAGUUGGUGAUAUAACAGGACUUACACACAUUACAUUAAAAGAUUAUACAUUUUCAAAUGGAUUUCAAGUACCUAAAGAUCAUAUAGUUGAAUUAUAUUUUGAUGAUAUUUAUCAAGAUGAAACUUUUCAAGGACAAAAUCCGAAAUCAUUUGAACCAUUUAGGCACUUGAAUAAAGGAUCUCCGGCAACCAAAGUUAGUAGAGCUUAUGUGACGUUCGGAGGUGGUAAACACGC